CUUUCCUUCUUCUUCUUCUUCUUCUUCUUCUUCUUCUUCUCCUGAGCUUUGUACCUUUAUCAAUAUCUUCAUUCGGCAUUCGAUAUACCAUAUAUGAUAUCCAAGUAUCCUCACCCCUGAAAAGAAAGAUCCUUGAAAUUGUUCACGUAACAACCCGACAGGAUAAAGAUCUUGAACACAACCCCAGACAUAUUUUAACUACAUUCUUUUUACCGACAACCAAAAUGUGUCAACUGGAGCGCUGGCUUUGUUGUGUAUGUGAGGAUGCCUACGUCGCGAUUAACUUCUUUUGUAAUGAUGUGCCUCCUGGAGCACCUGCCUGCCCAGCUUCCACACGUUGCGAAAGACAUAUCGCAUCCCGUUACUGCUACUUCUGCGCUAAUGUGGAUCAUCGCGGUUCCCCCCUGCUUUCAAGGACUCCAGAGUUCCUGGAGAGUCUUGCGAGUCUAGAGGGGAUGAUCAGGGUUUCGGCAAGAACCGACCGGGACGAUGUCGCCCUUUCCGUAUUCAGCAGUUGGCUGAUGGGUUUCCAUGGCCCGACAACAAUCCACCCUUUUGAUUCACAGCACCCAGCCCUAACCAGCCAGUCAACUAGAGACCACUUUACACGUUAUUUGUCUCCCCCCCAGAUCGUACCUUCGUUUCACGUCACCUCAUCUGAGCGGUUUCCAAUUAACGCAACCAGCCACCAGCCGGCAAACCUAGUGGAUAUGACAAAUCAGCCAUAUCUCCAGUUUCCUACACAGAUCCCAAGCCCAUUUCCUGUCAACGAUCAAUUCAGGGGCAGAGCUAACAGAAGAAUUCGUCAUCGGCAAAAUAGAAAAGCUCGUCGGGAUGUACAGAGCGACCAGGAAGUAUCAUCAUCACCUUGGUCAAUUUCAUCCCGUUUAUCAUCGGAAGGAGUACUGCAUUCCUCGUGGGGGCAGGGUAACGACGUGACCCCAAGUGAUGCUAUGCAAGAUGCCGAUGAGCAAAACGAAGGUCUUUUCCCGAUACCUUCCACUCUAGACGGUCCCAUUGUUGUUAGAAUUCCUAAAGUUGAACCCGAUGAUGUGAAUCAUCCUGUUAUAGUUUUCGGUUCAAUGACUUUCUCGCUGCCAUCUAACAUUGGGUCCGAUGAGAAUGAGCAAGAGAAGAAGACUGUGAGUGAUCAAUAUCCUGAACCAAAGAAACCAGCCACUGACGAUUCUUUACCCCAGGCUAUUACUACUACUCACCCACAACGUCCUUCUGUUGGUCAGAUCGAGGGUCAGGAAGAGCAGAAUGACAGGAAUUCCACGUCAGAGGAAUCAAAGGACUCACCUCCAAAGAAGAAUAAGAAGAGCCGGAAGCAAAGAUUGAAAGAAGCAAAAAAGAGAAGGCAGGAGGAAAAGCAACUGCCAAGAUUAGAGCAAGGAGCAAAGCUGAAGCCCCUGUCAGAAGAAUCUCAGCCAAAAUCAAAGCCAAAGCCAGAGCCAGAGCCAAAGCCAGAACCAAAGCCAGAAUCGAAGCCAGAAUCAAAGUCUAAGCCAAACUCCAAACCAAAGCGAAAAUCAAGACAACAGCUCCAGUUCCAGCCUAUGCCAAAGUCUGAGCUGGCUCCUGUCCCGGCGCCAAAGUUGGAGCAAAAGUCAGAACAGAUGCCGGUGCAUCACCAAAUCCGAGUGCCAACACUAUCCUACCGAGACGCGCUCAGCAGCAGUACAGGAAGUAAAGCUUUGCCAAAUACAUCUUCCUAACGGUAUUCCUUCUCCCUCAGCGCAUAACAAAGGAGAAAAGGCCAGAUUGGCACAUCUGGUACACAAGUUGAAGGUCCAGUCUAGACUCUGGAGUUUUACCUCCGGUGGAAGUCGUCGAUGUCUCUAUACAUCUUCUCGCUACCGCAAAAUGAUAUACCAUCGCAUUCUCUGCAGCUCAUCGGCCACUAAGGCAUUUUUCGUGGGAUGUUGUGGAGUCUCAGCUGAUCCCACGCAGGGGUUUUCUGAGUCUCGAUUCAGUUGCUGUUACCGUGCCCAGACUACCUACUGAAAAGGAGUCAAGGCAGAUGGAAGAUUUGCUCCGGGCGUAGUUGUCUCUACUACAUGCUUAAUGCUAGAUACACUGCUGAAGAAGAGACGGGCAAGAGACUCAGGCAAAACGAGAUAAGAGAGUUGCCCAAGUGGAGAGGGUGACCGUUAGAAUGAGGCCAUUUCGACGCACCGAGUGUGGUUAGUACUCGGUAUCCGUAUUGUUUUGUAGAACUACCUAGUUAUCGCUCGGAUACCUAGGUGUGGGAGAAGAAAAAAAGAAGGGGAAAAAAGAGAGACGUCUGCAUGUUCUCUCGAUUUGCCUGCUUAUUUACAGAUCUUACCAUACUAGUAACUGUUAUGCAGCUUCAGUUGAAGAUAUUAUUAA